ACUCUCGUUGGGUUAAUGAGGCAACUAGUCACACCUGUGAAAGGUCCUUUAAAAGGAGAGGUGGAAGAAGUAGUCCAUAACUCACAGACAACAGAGACACCCAGUGAAUCCCUUGGAAGAGUGCAGAAGGAGACUAUCACCAUGGCGACAUUAACCAUCAUUCUGCUUUUCAGCAUGGCUUUUGCUCUGGGAGAUGCUACGAUACAACCCAAGACCCCCUGUGAGCGUGCUAGAGAUGCUGCGAUAAAUGGCCCAAUUGGAGCUUACAUCCCAACGUGUGACGCCGCUGGACAAUACACCCCUAAGCAAUGUUCGGGCUCUACAGGUUACUGUUGGUGUGUGACCAGUACUGGACAGAAGAUUCCGGGCACUGAGACUCCUCCAGGCACUGCUCCAAUCAAAUGUCCAUGCAGUGGUCCUCGCAGAUGAAAGAUGUUGGAAUGAAGACGUUGAGAAGACUUUGCUAAUACUUUGACAGUUGUCUUUAUUGUACUGAGGGAGAUGCCUCUCGCCAUACACAUAAUGAAGAAAUGUAUUUACUUUGUUGGUUUUACAUGUUGAACAAUGUAUCUGAACUGUCCAUUUCUGGGAACUGGAGGAAGGGAUUUUACUGUAUUACCUCUACACGGGUGUUCAUAAAGGCAGUCAAAUGGUAAUUAGGCUCUCCAAGCUAUGAUGCUGCUGAUGGUCAUUAGUAGCCUACUACACUUGCUAACUGCCUGGUACUCAGCUCUUUAUUGCCCUGUAAUCACUAUCAAUGUAAUUGCAAAUAAACUAUUGAUCACAAAUGUGCUUAGCCGAGGAUAUUGCGGGUGUAGUGAAAUGCUUGUGCUUCUAG